CAAUGGAAAAUACUAACAAGAGAACGCUGACAUUGUUGUCUUCUUUCCAAAUUGUGAUAUCCGUCUUAUUUUUCGUUCUGGGAUUGGUAGACGGGCUUGAAAUCCGCUUUAUACAUAGCCUCGUGUUUUCGCCAUGUUGGUUUGUUCCCCUGGUAAGUCAGUGCUUCUGAUUCUUGUCUGUUUCUAAAUUUGAUUAAAUCUGGUCAUGGAUAAAGGUCUUAUUGCUCCAGUGAUGGUUCAAGAGAAGAGAAAACCUAAACUUUUUGCCGUGGGAUCAUAUCUUCACGUUUAUUUUGAUGUGUAUGUUAAUUCAUCAGGAGUGGUCGUCUCGCUUUCACAGCGAUCACGUCAAACGACAGAAAUUUGCGAAAGCUCAAUAGUUGUUAUUCACUGUUCAAAAUAUGGAAAUUAUAUGCUGUUACAUAUUACAAAUCAUUUUGAAAGUGCACUCUAAUUUUUCUGAUUGCCAUUGUCUUGAUGGAUACUGUCGGCGCCAUCUGUCAAUAUUAUACUUCCCGCUUUGACCAAGUCUUUUCAGCGAAAGGCCGAAAGCUCGUUUAUGUUGGGGAAAAUGCAACGAUGGUUACAUUAACUAGUUAUUUCAUACGUAUACAACCAUGUCACUUGAGUUUCCACAUAAAUGUAAACGAAUUCCCACUAAAUACAACACUGAGAAACAUCUCAGAAGUUUGACCGACGCUUAUUCCACACAAUUUCAGCAAUUUCGUUCAUGCGUGAAUUAUUACACCUUGUUACACGACUGCUGACAUUCCGCUUGUUGGCUUGUUUACGCAUUUGCCUACUACUCCAAUGUUAAGAACGCGAACGACUCCGCACAUAUACUUAAUAAAAUACUAAAAGCAACCAUGAUGCCGGAUACAAACCUCGAAGACAACGAUGGCAAUGAGAACACGAGAAAAACAAUGUUUGUUUAAAGAGCAAAACUACAGCACUGCAAGUGAAAAACCUCUUUCUUUUGGUUCCGUCCACAACGUGAAACUUUCCAAUGCGACGUUCUAUUUUAUAGAGGUCGUGACGACAAAGACCACGAAUUGCAUCAAUGUCUCGUUGUAAACCUCUAAGGGUCCCUUUAAAGUUCAACUCCAGAAAAAUUCGUUUACAUUUAAUAAUUUAUAUCGACAAAUUGAGCGAGGCUAAAUAAAGGCAAUAGACAGUUUGAAAUGUUAAGGCAAGUUCAUAUUAAUAAUAAUGUAUGUAAGUAUGAAUUUAAUCCUGUUCUGUGCAUUUACUGUUCAGACUCUUGCAAAUGGCAUCAUGGGACUUGUUUUAAGCCAAAGCAGUAAAAGAUCUUCAAUUCUGGUAAGAUUAUCUUGAUAAGCAUCGUAGACGUCUGACAGGGGAAAACAUAACCUAAAUUUCCGAAAGAGAAGACUUUCCGUAAGCAUCGACCGCCCCCUCUUCCAGGUUCGGCGGGUUGGGAGUACCGUGAGCGCAUCGAGACACCCCUUCCAUGGCUGGAGACUGAGGCUAUCCCCUACCCCCUCCACCACCACCACCACCACAAAACAAAAGUGAGGCAAGCUGACAGAUUAGAAAGUGAAGUCCCUCCGAAAGUGCUGAUCGCUUCGUAGAAGAAGAGCAGUAUUAUCGGAGGAAACUGGAACUUGCGCCGCCUUGAAACUUAUUGAAGUGGCAGAUGCUGGAGAGAGCAGAGCAAAACGGCGGUCGUCGCUUUCGAAAAGACGAAACAAGACGAAACAAGUCAAUACGAGGCUGUGUAACAUGUCCCCUACAGGCUAAAUACUUCCCUUCCCCUCCCUCCCCUCCCCAAAUAUUUUUUUAUCAGGAUAAAGGUGUAUUGUAUUCGAGUCCCCCAGAGAAAAAAAAAAUAUACGCAGGAUCCCAUAACCCGGAGUAGUAACUCCCAUGUACUCGUGUCACGGCGUUCUUCCUAACCAUGGCCAGUUUAUUUUUAGAAUGAUUUUGGCGCGAAUUUAAAAUAUUUUGCCAAGUCCCACAAACCAGUCAAAAUAUUCAGAACUGAAGAUGGUAUUUUGACCUUUUAAUGACGUUUAGUUCUCCGUAUGCACGCCUUCUUCUUCAAAUGCGGAACCGCUCUAUGUAAAUCUAAAAAUAGACCGGUCCACGAAAACGCCGUGACGUAGGCCUAGUAUGAGAGUUGCUAACUCCAUAUUAUGGGCUCCUAGAAUGUGCCUAUUCAAAAGUGCAACUUCGUGUUCUGAAUGACAUACCUGACCCAUCUCUUCAGUAGACUUUAUAAUUUAUUGACUUCAAUUUCAAUUUUUCUUUAGAUCCAUGCUAUUUGGUCGGUUAGCGUGGCAUGUAUUAUCUACGCCGCUAUUACAGUGCUGAGGUAUCAGUACUGGGGUGUCGAAUUCCUGACGUAUCGUACUAUUAUCCAGAACGCAGACUACUACCGCAACGACAAAUGGUGGUUUGUAAAGAAAAAUGAGAAGCCGGAGUACACUAAGCAGGAAAAUGAUGCACUUGCUGUAUUUGGCAUCAUCAUUGUGUUGUCUAUCAUUGAAAUUAUCCUGGCUGCUGCUUUGGCAAAAGUCAGCGAUUCAAGCCACAAGGUGGCUCAACAGCCCACCAUCCCAAUGUACGCUAUGUACUAUCAGGUACGGUAUAAAAGGCAUUGUGAAAUGUGAUCAUACUAUAAAACACACGCGUUUUUGUUUUUUUUUUUUUGCGUCAUACAUAAGGGGAGAGGGGCAUAGAUAUUGCAGUCGUUUAAAAUCUUCGUAAAAUUUCGUAUGAGUGACAGUGGCCACAAUUACACUGGCCUAAUAGCGGCAAUUUGGAAGAAUUUCGAUCUGGCUUGUAUCUGACGAAAAAUUGGAAGAAAAUAUAAACUUGUAGCUGUACAGUCAGCCUUUCUUUUUUCACCGUUUGCUCACAAAAACACUUUGCUGACUAGAUCCAUUAGAAUCUGGCAUCUUUGUUUUGUACGUCGGCAUUUGCUAUUUAUUUAUAAGAUAUAUUUUAACUGCAUACUACAUAUACUAUUACUAUAUGCUUUGCAACAGCCUUUAUUUACUAAUGUACAGUUUUAAAUCAUUUAAAUUUAACAACGAAUACGCAAACAAACUGAAGAAGAAAUGAAAUCGCGAAGUAACUUUCUUCGUUUCUUUUCCUUCAGCAGCCAGUUGGCCAAGUCAGUGGGCUCCCGGGACAAACCAGUGCAAACAUUGGGUCAGGCGUACGCCCUAUUACAGCCCAGGAUAUACCACCUCUUUAUCGUCAAAUGUCUCCUCAUUAGAAGUAGAAGACGCUUUUUUUUUCUUUCUUUUUUUGCGGAAAUGCUACCCUCUACUGGAAAUAUGCUUUGCUGCUCCCAUGGCCAAAACAGUUUCAUUGUUAAGGUUGAUCUAGUGUAAGCUACCGGUAGUGAUUGUAUUUACCUUUCAUAGAUUGUCAAUAUAGAGAAUUACUUUGCGUUUGCCGUUGAAUACAAUCCUGGACGGAAAGUCCUUGGGAAAGUGAUGCAAUAUUCGUUAUUUCUGGAUACCUUCAUGAAACAGCGCUUUUAUUUUAAAUACCUUUGCAGUUGUCAGGUUGUUAUAGAAUUCAGUGCUUGUUAUAUUUAAUAUCUCUUUAUCAAUUACGUUAAAGUUGUAAUAAUUUUAGGUUGUUAUUUUACUCCUUUUUGUAUUGUAAAUGAUUUGUUUCUUGGGGGCUCGUCUGCCUUGACUCUGACGGGAUUCGGCCCUGAAUAAAUAAAGGUAUUUAACUUUUAUCUUAAAUAUAUAUCUGCCAAGGCGAGAUUUUGCUUUGAAAAUUAAAUAGAACUUCUUAAACUGCCUUGAUACUGAGAGCGGAGCCAUAGAAAUGCUAGAAAAAACUGACUGACAAGUGGUACCAGAGUGAAACCGGUGCACUUUCUCCGCACUGCACCACGUUAAAUGAGAGACGAGUUAACCUUUGUCAGGUCUACGUUGAAAGACAACAGAACGAAAACCAACCGUUAUACUUAAAUCUCCCUAGACUGGGGGAAGUUCAGCAUACAUAAUUAUCAUUUAAUAAUUUUAGGUUGUUAUUUUACUCCUUUUUGUGUUGUAAAUAAUUUUUUUAGGGCUCCUUUUGAAAACAGAGUCUGCCUUGACUCUGACGGGAUUUCCCUGAAUAAAUAAAGGUAUUUAUACAUAAUUAUCAUCUGAGGUCAGGCGCGC